GCAUUGGAGCUAAUCAUCGAAACUCAAUCAAUCAUCCAUGGCCACUGCUUCAACUUGCCAAUUCUUCACUGAUUUUUGGUCUUCAAGGGCUCAUCCAAUCAUCUUCUCACCCAUCUCCAAACCCUCCCAUUUUCAGUCUUACAGCCUUACAGCUAAUGUUUCACUUCAAAAGAACCACAGCCUCUCCAAUCCUCCACUGCUAGUAAAAGCUCAAGCUUCCAUCAAUGGAAAAACGCAACCCAUGGUUCCUCCUUACAACGUUCUCAUAACUGGCUCAAGCAAAGGAAUAGGGUACGCCUUGGCGAAAAACUUUCUGGUAGCUGAUGACAAUGUCAUCAUUUGUUCAAGAUCUGCUGAAGGGGUGGAAUCCGCUUUUAAGAGCCUCAGAGAAGAAUAUGGGGAACGUGUGUGGGGUACUCAGUGUGAUGUUAGAGUGGCAGAGGAUGUGAAGAAUUUAGUUUUAUUCGCUCAAAAGAACCUGGGAUACAUUGACAUAUGGAUUAAUAAUGCAGGAUCCAAUGCAUAUAGUUAUAAACCACUGGCAGAAGCAUCAGAUGAAGAUCUUAUUGAAGUUGUUUCUACAAACACCCUUGGGUUGAUGAUUUGUUGUCGUGAGGCCAUCAAGAUGAUGUUGCAACAGCCUCGAGGUGGUCAUAUUUUCAACAUUGAUGGAGCUGGUUCAGAUGGAAGACCAACCCCUAGGUUUGCUGCAUAUGGUGCAACCAAACGUAGCGUGGUUCAUUUGACAAAAUCGCUGCAGGCUGAACUGAAGAUGCAAGAUGUUAAAAAUGUUGUAAUACAUAAUCUAUCGCCAGGAAUGGUGACAACCGAUCUUCUAAUGUCUGGUGCAACCACAAAGCAGGUCUACUAUGCUUCAUAUGCUUCUUUUGUUAGUUCAGUUUAUAAAAGAAAUUUUCUAAUAUUUUGUCAUUUUCAGGCCAAGUUUUUCAUCAAUGUUUUAGCAGAACCAGCUGAAGUGGUUGCAGACUACCUUGUGCCGAACAUCAGGUCGAUCCCAGCAAGUGGAUCGUGGAAGCCAACUUAUAUCCGGUUCCUCACUGGCUUGAAAGCCUACUCCCAGAUAUUUUCAAGACUAGCAUUUGGUGCAAGGCGAAACCGAUACAUGCUUGAAGAUUGAAGAACAUCCAAACUGUAAAGUUCCUAAAUGUGUAACAUACCACCACAAUUUUUCUAUGUCAAAAUUAGUGUGUUUUUAGGAUAAUAUUCCCAGAAUUCUUAUCCAAAUGGUUUUCCAUUCUUUAACAAGGAA